CCGCCUGACGUCAGCCCGCGGCCCCGUUCAGUCGCGGGCGGGCAUGGCUGGGGGGCGGCGGGCGGCGGCGCUCGCCCUGCGCUGGGGCUGCUGCGUCCUGCUCUGCUGCGCCGCAGCCAGCAAGCUGGAGGUGUCCAUGCCAGCUGUGGUCGAGGUGGAAGCUGGAGGCGUGGCCAGGAUCGAGUGCAACUUUUACAUCCCUGGAAAUGGUUCCUACACCUACAUCGACUGGUUCUACCUCGACCGCAACAACCGGGUGAGGCUGUGCCACAUCACGGGCAACGAGAUCCUUGAUGUGAACGCAGACUACAAGGGCCGUCUGUCGCUGGGCGAGGACAAGGCCCUCUCCAUCAGCAAGGUGACAGUGCAGGAUGCCAGGACCUUCGUGUGCCAGGUUGGGGUGGGGAGCCAGGAUGUGGCCGAGAACCGCACUGAUCUCCGCGUCUACAAGAUCCCCGAGACUCCUGAGAUCCUGGCGUACUCAGGAGGCAUCUCUGUGCAGAGCAGUGAGAUCCCAGAGAUUGCCCGGUGUGUGAGCAGGAACAGCUUCCCACCCCCCAGCAUCACAUGGCACAAGAAUGAGGAGCAGCUGCAGCCAGAUGAGAAGACGGUGAAGGUCUUGGCCACAGUGACCCGUGAAUCGAGCGGACUCUACACGGUGAGCAGCACCCUCUUUGCCCACGUCGCCCGCGAGGACGCCAACUCCCUGUACCACUGCACCGUGCACCACUGGGUGCGGGGGCAGAGGCGCUCCGUGGACUCACAGCGAGUCAACGUCACCGUCUUCUACCCCAUGCAGCACGUCAGGCUCUGGGUCAUGCCAUCCUCAGCACUGGUGAAGGAAGGGGAUGACGUGAAGCUGGUCUGCGAGGCCGACGGGAACCCACCCCCUGUCUUCAGCUUCUAUAAGAGAGAGCUGGAGGACAACUGGCAGGACCUGUCAUCACUGGUGGAUUCCAACAGUGGGGUGCUGAACUUGCCCAAUGUGAAUAAGAACAGCAGCGGCCUAUACAGAUGCCAGACUCUGGAUUUGGAUGAUAUGACACAGAUGGAGAAGGAUGUGGAGCUUGUUGUGAACUACAUUGAAGGGGUCCGUGUGAAGAUGGAGCCAUCCUCACGCCUUCAGGAAGGGGAUAGUGUGAGACUGAGCUGUGAUGCCCACAGCCCCGUGGACCUGGACUACCAGUGGAGGGAUCAGAAGGGCAGGAAGGUGGCAGAAGGGAAGCAGCUCUUCCUGAGCAACCUCACCUUCGAAACCUCCAGCAACUUCAGCUGCAAAGUGAUGGCCCCAAGCGUGCCAGGGCUGGAGCAGAGCAAACAAGUGGCCGUGGCCGUUGAGGGGAAGCCACGGAUCGUGGCCAUCAGCUCCCCGCUGUACGUGCGGCAGGAUGAGGUGGUGAACCUGACCUGCAAGGCCAUUGCUUUCCCCAGGCCCUCCGUCCACUGGAACAUCAAUGGGACGGCUCAUGAGUAUGUUGAAAAUCAGCACAUUGCCAGCAACCUGACAGUGCGUGUGAGCCACGACCUGCUGCGGGCAGGAGCCAUGUGCCGGGUCUCCAACGCGCUGGGUGUCAGCGAGAAGCACAUCCAGCUGCUGGAUCAAAAGACACCCGAGAGCAAAGGGGUGAUCAUUGUGGCCAUCAUCGUCUGCAUCCUCGUGGUGGCAGUGCUGGGCUCUGUCAUCUACUUCCUACACAAGAAAGGCAAGAUCCCCUGUGGCCGUGCCGGGAAACAGGACAUCACAAAGCCAGAGGCACGUAAAGACAAGAUUGUAGUUGAAGUUAAGUCAGAUAAACUUUCCGAAGAGGCGGGGCUCCUGCAGGGCGCCAACGGCGAGAAGAGACCUGCCGCUGACCAGAGCGAGAAAUACAUCGAUCUGAGAAACUAGAGAAGGAAUCCUACUAAGUGCUUUCUUCCUUCAAACCUUUCCUGCUCUUGGAUUGCCUUAUCCCACCCCUGCUCCAGCACACGGGGAGCACGGCCAGAGAAGAUCCCUGCGCCGCGGUGCUGAGCCCCAGUGCACGGGGGACACUCCCUGCCUCACCCGUCCGUUACCUCAGCCGUGGCCUUGCAGGUUGUCAGCUUAGCAGCACCAAAGCUGCCCUUGCUUACUACUACAGAGAAGCCAACAGCAAUAUUAGAAAGAAAUAUCCCAUUAAGCUACCUGGUGGAAGGAUUUGAGGCACUUUCAGGAAAUGUGGCCUGUACAUUUGUGGGAAGGUUUUGAUGUGUUUUGCUCCCCAAAAGCUGGUGACAUUUUAGUUUUAUUUUUGGGAUGCCCCAGGCACCUUAGGUGUAGCAAUGUGCAGGUUAGAUAAGCAAAAAAUGGAGGUGGUAUGUUAGAGCAGCCUUUGCUAGCUGCUGUGGGUGGGGGUGGGGGGUUAGGGCUUUGCUUUUCCUUUGAACUGUUCUUGUCUGGGUGGUUCAGUGUCCUGGCAGUGUGUGUCCUCCCUGGCUGGGAGCUCCACAGUGGGGGUCCUGGAGGCAAGGACCUGGCAUAGCAAGGACUGGGGUGGGCACAUGCCAGACCAAGGGCUCAUGUUCUCUGUUCUGUAGCAUAGCCUUGCUGCCAUGGGGGAGGGAUUCCCUCUCUCCACUCCCCAGGGGACUGGACUGCUUGUAGGGAUCUGCACAGCUGCUGGGAACAGAGGGUCCCAGAGAUACCUCCCCUCCAAAUUUAAAACUAUUAAUUAGAUCAGGGCCAGUCAGUGAUGUCUCAGGGUUGGAGUUUUUUCUUGUGCUGAACAAUUACCACCCCCAGGUAAAACUGGUUUAUUUCUGUGCUUCAAUGGCACCGCUGGCCCCACAGCCAGGCUGGUGCUGCAGCAGCUGAAUGGUGGAGAGGGGAGACGGGCAAGUGGCCCAUCCCAGCCCUCCGCCUGCAGACGUGGCUCAUGUGCCUCCCUCCUCCUAGAGAUCAGCCUCCUGUAUCCCCUCCUGAGUCUCAUUCACCUCAGUGCUGGGCUGUCCCCAGCCUUCACCAGGGGCUGAGGCCACCACGGCAUGACAGGAGAGGUGUCCCCUUGCACCCCCAGCAUCUUCUGCAGUGCCCUGGCCAGCGGUGAGCUGUACUCGUGAGCUACACAUGGUGUCGAAGCAAAGGCUUUGGUUUAUAUAUAUUUUUGUUGGAUUGUGUGUAUAUUUCCAGAAGUUUUGUCUGAUACUUGCGAGUUUGGGGUUUUUUUUUUAUAUAUAUAUGUGAAAAUAAAGUACCAGUUGAAAGCCAA